UAACCUAUAGGCCGGCUUACCGAAAGAAUAAGAGGAACACUCAAUCAUUCAUGGUGCAGCUUUUGUCAGUCUGUGCUUACUGGCUGCGUAGACUACUGGCACAGAUCGGAAAGAGUGGUAGCGUAGCCUAUUCCUCUAAAUACAUUAUUUACGCAGCAGCGGAUUGCUAGGUAGGCUAAUAUCAUCACAAUCACGGAUACUGGCACAGUCCCGCUGGCUGAUUCAUUAACAAAAAUGAAACAAAUAUGUUAUGUUUUACUUUAUUUUUGACAGUCAAAUAGACAAAAACACGCAUUAUUUUUCUGUGACAGGCUGCGAUGUUCACGGCGGCAUAUAUUAUUAUGAAGCAUCAGGUAUGUGAUGGUGUCCAGUCCAGAGGGAGCCGGUGCCACGCUUCGACUCCACAGGCACAAGGCGGCCGGCAGCUAGAUUACUGAGGGAUUACACGGACACUCGUUAACUCAAUGCCACAAAACCGAGACUGAGUGGGAAGUCUGGGAACAUCGACCAGGGAGGGACUGAAUGGGCGGUCGGCCAACUGACUGACAGACGGGAAGAGCAGGAUCCUCUACAAUCUCUGUGAAUGUAACUCUCAGCUAAUUUCACCAGCGGGAGUUGAGCUGGGAUCGCUCCGCUAGGAUCAGAGACCAGUGCUGAAUGUCUGCCUCUGCCAUCCAGCGCAUCUAUCUGUAGCAGGCACAGAUGGUGGGGUGUUGCUAUGACAACACUUGCCCUGCACCAGGGUGUGGAGUUGUCCCCUUACUUGCUCUACUGUCUUUGAUAUGAGACCUCAUCAUGCAAUAACCAGUGGACACCAGUAGUCAGCUGAGCCAUGGCAAAACAGGACUCCUCACUGUUCCUCCACGGCUUUGACCUGGGGGGACACUUCAUAGACCCCCGGCCUCUGGGCAGCGGUACCACUGGUCUGGUUCUGUCUGCUGUGGACAAGCGCAGCGGCCAGCGGGUGGCUGUGAAGAAGCUGGUGAUGCGUGACGCGGUCAGCGUGAAGCACGCCCUGCGGGAGGUCAAGAUCACACGGCGCCUGCAGCAUGAGAACGUUGUGCGCGUGCACGAGGUUCUGGGUCCUUACGGCCACCCGCUGCCUCGCGACCCGGCCCAGCUGAGUGCCCUGUACAUCGUCCAGGAGUGCAUGGAGACGGACCUAGCUAAGCUGCUAGAGCAGGGACCACUUCCCGGUGGGCACGCCAUUUUGCUCUUCUACCAGCUACUACGAGGCCUCAAGUUCAUCCACUCAGCCAACGUGCUGCACCGUGACCUUAAACCAGCCAACGUGUUCCUCAACACAGACCAGCUACUGCUCAAGAUUGGAGAUUUUGGCCUGGCCCGAAUCGUUGACCCACACUACUCCCAUAAGGGCUACCUGUCAGAGGGCUUGGUGACUAAAUGGUACCGGUCUCCGCGCCUGUUGCUCUCACCCAACAACUACACCAAGGCCAUCGAUAUGUGGGCAGCUGGCUGCAUCCUGGCAGAGAUGCUAACAGGCCGCAUGCUCUUUGCAGGAGCCCAUGAGCUGGAGCAGAUGCAGCUGAUCCUGUAUACGGUGCCUGUGUUGAGGGAAGAGGACCAUCACGACCUCCGGCAGGUCAUCCCCUCCUACGUCAGCCAUGGUUGGAGGGUCAGGAGAUCCUUCAGAGAACUACUACCUGAAGUCGAUGCAGACGCCAUAGACUUCCUGGAGCGUAUUCUGACCUUUAACCCCAUGGACCGGCUGACGGCAGAGGCGGCCCUGUCCCAUCCCUUCCUGCAGCAGUACUCGUGUCCCCAGGACGAGCCCAUGUCACCCCAGCCCUUCCGCAUAGAGGACGAGCUAGAUGAUAGCCUGGUCACAGAGCCCGGCCACAGCCACAGCCAGGCCUCUAGCUCUCACUGGGACAGAUAUGAUACCAGCCUGUCAUCAGACCUGUACUGGCAGCAGCAGGGUGGCUGUCAGUGCAUGCCUGGGGUCUCGGAGGUGGUCAACUCCAAAGAGGAGGAGGUCCAGAGAGAUCCCAGGGCAGGUUCCUACCCUCUGUUGGAGGAGGCCCAGGUGGACCCUCGCAAGUAUUCCCACAGCAGCUCUGCCGAGCGCUUCCUGGACCACUCCCACUCCUCUCUGGUGCGGGCCUGUGGGGGCGGGGCUUAUGCUGAGCUGGACUGUGGUCGCUCCUGUGACUACAAAGUGGGCUCCCCUUCCUAUCUGGACAAGGUUGCGUGGAGGGACGGCAAGCCGCAGCACUACUCCGAGCCCAAGCUGAUCCUGGACCUGUCUCACUGGAAGAGGAAUAGCCAGCUCCCUGUGCCUGAGGGGCCUGAGCCUAGAGGGGCCAGCGUGAAGGAGCUGCCUGUCGAGGAGCCACCUUGGGACCUAUUCCAGGAGAUCUCUCGCUGGGUGGAGAGCACACAGACUCGCCUGUCCUCUGCCAGCCCACCCCAGGAACCCCUGUCCUACCCCAGCUCUCCCCAGGAACUCCUGUCCUGCCCCAGCCCACCCCAGGGACCCCUGUCCUUCCCCAGCCCACCCCAGGAACUCCUAUCCUCCGCCAGCCCACCCCAGGGACCCCUGUCCUACCCCAGCUCACCCCAGGGACCCCUGUCCUACCCCAGCCCACCCCAGGAACUCCUGUCCUCCGCCAGCUCACCCCAGGGACCCCUGUCCUACCCCAGCCCACCCCAGGAACCCCUGUCCUACCCCAGCUCACCCCAGGAACCCCUGUCCUCCCCCAGCCCAUCCCAGGAACUCAUGUCCUCUGCCAGCCCACCCCAGGGACCCCUGUCCUACCCCAGCUCACCCCAGGAACUCCUGUCCUUCGCCAGCUCACCCCAGGGACCCCUGUCCUACCCCAGCCCACCCCAGGAACACCUGUCCUACCCCAGCUCACCCCAGGAACCCCUGUCCUACCCCAGCUCACCCCAGGAACCCCUGUCCUACCCCAGCUCACCCCAGGAACCCUGUCCUACCCCAGCUCACCCCAGGAACCCCUGUCCUCCGCCAGCCCACCCCAGGAACUCCUGUCCUCCGCCAGCCCACCCCAGGGACCCCUGUCCUACCCCAGCUCACCCCCGCUGCCCCCUUUUCCCACCUCUCUCCCUGCCCCACUCUUUCACAGUUGUUCGCCGGUCAUACAGCCAUCACCUGGACUGGACAAGCGUCACACACUCAGCCCGCCUGCCGCGUCCCAUUCCCCUCCCUCCCUGUUGCCCUGUUCUCCCUCGUCUCCUCCACCAAUGUCACCUCUCAUUCCUUCGUCGAUUCAUGAGCCCCCGCAGACUCUUCCCUCCAGGGGGCAAGGGGGCCCGUUUGACCUAGACAUGUUCAUCUCUCGAGCGCUGAAGCUCUGUGGUCAGAGUGAGGACCUGGGGGGAAGCCCAGACGGGGCCAAACGGGCCAACAUCAAG